UUGAACAAGAAAGGAACAGCGUCAGCUUGUGUCUGAACGAACUGGUCUCUGCGUCUCACUGUUGUGGGAAUGUUUACUGCGAUAUAAUAGUUUGAGAUUAAGUACAUUCUCUGAUAGCUCUUCGAGACCAAGUGAUUUGAUGAUGUGCCUGGUGUAUAUUUAAACCCGGGACGCCUACGUUACCUAGUUCUAGGUUGGAUUAUGAAUUAUGGAUAUCGGAGGCAGAUGGAUGAUCCAAAGACAUAGAGGACUCAACAUUACUUUAUGACCACAGACAAGUAUAAGGCGUGAAACCGAGGAAGAACUGCUUUUUGUGCCUGUCUCCUGGAUCCACUUUAGCUACACAGCACCAUCUAGAGUCCAUCUUGUGUAACUACCGCAGUCAUGAUGCCCACGAUGUUUCCCACUAGGAAGAAUCCAUAUUACAACCCUGAAAUCAUUGUCAGACAUUACAAUUACACAGGAAAGUACAAGAGCAAUUUGAACAACGAUAUCAAGCCAACAUCAGUUAUCUUCAUUAUUAUUUGCUGCUUUAUUGUGCUGGAGAAUGUCCUGGUGCUUCUCACUAUCUGGAGGACCAAGAAGUUCCACCGUCCCAUGUACUAUUUCAUUGGCAACUUAGCUCUCUCGGACCUGCUUGCCGGAGCUGCUUACACAGCCAACAUCUUGUUAUCGGGAUCAAACACUUACAACCUAACACCGAUUCAGUGGUUUGUACGAGAAGGGAGUAUGUUUGUGGCCCUCUCUGCCUCGGUGUUCAGCCUCCUGGCCAUUGCUAUUGAACGCUACAUAACCAUGUUGAAAAUGAAGCCACAUAAUGGUAGCAAAAGUUCUAGGUCCUUUGUCCUGAUCAGUAUCUGCUGGCUCCUGUCUCUUUGUCUGGGUGGUCUCCCCCUCAUGGGUUGGAACUGCAUUUCAGACAUGGAUUACUGUUCAACAGUGCUUCCCUUGUAUCAUAAACAUUACAUUCUGUUUUGCACCACAAUUUUUUGUAUUCUGCUGUUGGCCAUCGUGAUUCUGUAUGCAAGGAUUUAUUUCUUGGUACGAACACGUAGCAGGAGCCUGACAUUCAGAAAGAACUUUGCCAGAACCAGUAGAAGCUCCGAAAAGUCUAUGGCACUGCUCAAAACAGUCAUCAUAGUUCUCAGUGCAUUCAUUGUGUGUUGGUCCCCCCUCUUCAUCUUCCUUUUGCUUGAUUUUGGGUGUAUAGUUAAGGCCUGUCCUGUUCUUUUCAAAGCUGAGUACUUUUUGUCCCUCGCCGUCCUUAACUCUGCCACUAACCCCAUUAUCUACACCCUUACCAACAGAGAGAUGAGGAGGGCUUUCCUAAAAAUGGCCUGUUGUUGUCAAUGUCCAGUGUUGAAUCCUGGAGCAAAAGUCAAAAAGCCUAUUAUUACAGGACUGGAGUUUAGCAGAAGUAGGUCAGACAAUUCAUCUCACCCGCAGAAGGAUGAAGGAGAAUAUCCUGUGACCCUUAUGUCUUCUGGGAAUGUGACCUCUUCUUCCUAGAUCUUCUAAGACUGACUAGAAUUGGAUACAAUUGGUUGCAGCCGAACAAAACAUUAAGGGAAAGCACAUCUCCUAAUAAUUUGGAUGAUGCCAAGGGCAUCCUGAAUCCAAAAAGCUAGCAUUAGUUCUAAUGGGGAGAUGCAAAAGCUCCUGAACAGAUAUCAGAUGGAAAGUGGCAGAACUGUACAGGGUUGACAGGUUUUGGAUUUUUCAUAGAUGGACAAAUAAGGUGCCUUGAAGCAGGGAUUUAAAUCCACACAAUCCCGCGUGCAGUGUAUAAAUGUGAGUUGUUCAACAUCAUUUACCGAAAGCCACUAGGAUUCAGCAUUUUUAUACUGACUUGUAGAAAAUGACUUAAAUGAAGUAAAUCAGCUCUUGAACAACAAGGUAACCACCUGCCAUAGCCAUGUAGGAUAUUAUUCAAUGAUCUCUAUGAAUUUGUAGCCACCGAAGGCUUAGCUUUAGAACUCAAUUUACCAUGGCGAUGGAAGUGACAGGCUGAUUUCCUAAUCCAAAUGUAUAUUGUGUCUGAGUUUCUAAUAUGGGUAUUUGACAUCAUCAGUUAUGGGAUGAGAUCUGCAGGAAUGUUCAGCCAAUUGGAUAGAUGCAGCAUAGAUUGUAUUCUGUCAUCGCCGUUGUGCUACGGCUUCAUUGGAAUUGUAUGUUUUUAAACCCACUCAGUUGUGAAUUCCUUGUGGUAACCCAAAUGGAGAU